CAUCAGAUCAGACCUCAUGUGUUUCUCUGCUCACAGCAUCUCCAGACAUGAACCAGACCUCAAACAGCACUAGUUACUGACAGAAAACCUCUUCAGACUCUUUGCUCCUGCUGUCAUGUGUUGAUCUGGGAGGUUUUACGCUGAAUGAAGAUGAGUUUGAUUUGAUUCAAGGAUUCAGAGAAACUCUUCAGGAGCAGUGAAAAUGUCUCUGUGGUUUCUGGUUCCCAUCAGUUUGCCUGUGUUCACACUGCCUGGCAUUUGGACCAUAUAUGCGAUGGCCCUUUACAAUCAGCACGUUUGUCCUGUGAAUAACUGGGUGUAUAACUCAACCUGUCAGACAUCUUUGGAUCUUCAGAGCGGAUCUGAUCUGUGCUGCACGCUGGAAAACAUCCCACUCAUCAGUAAAUGUGGCGGUGUUCCUCCAGAGAGCUGCUGGUUCAGUCUGCUGUGCAGCGCUGCUUCAUUUGUGGUGAUUGUGAUUGGACUGCUCCGUUACGCUCAGCUCAUCCAUAAGCACAGCAACAGCGUGUUGAACAUCGAGGGUCUGUUUGCCGGAUGGCUCUGUGCUGCAGGACUCAUGAUUGUGGGAAACUUCCAAGUGGACCAUGCUAAAGUUCUUCAUUAUGUGGGUGCGGGUCUGGCCUUCCCUGCCAGUCUGCUGUUUGUGUGCGUGCAGACGCUGCUGUCGUACCGUGCAGCCGAGACACAGAGAGACUUCCAGUUGGCUCAUCUGCGGCUGACGCUCACCACACUGGCCUUCACCACCCUCAUACUCAGUGGUGUGUUUUUCAUCCAGGAGAGUUUUGUUCUCCAGCACGCAGCUGCCAUAUUGGAAUGGAUCUUUGCCAUCAUCGUGCUGCUGUUUUACAGCUCGUUCUCUCUCGAGUUCGGCUCCAUCUCUUCAGAAACACUCACCGCUCUGAUAGCGAGACAAGACGGUGUGUCUGAGGAGGGACGGAAACUAGAGAAAGUCUAGACGAGAAAGACCUUCACAUCAUGUUCUUGUAGUUGAAUUGUGAAAUCUUUGUUAAGAUUAACAGAGAAUCCCUUGAUGAGCAAAACAUGGAAUGUCAUGUUGACUUGGAGUAAAAAGAAAUGCAAGUAAAUAAAUAAAAUGGAACGGCUGGCUGUUUUGGGGGAAAAAAAUGUGAUUUCUCAAAACGAAUGUGCACUUUUUUGUGACCGUUCAUGUAUUGGCAGUUGUAUUGGGAAUAUUUUCAUACGUCUGUCUGGAUUUAUGAUGAACUCGAGUUCAAGUGCCUUAUAAUUCAGUGAACAGCAGUGUUCCUGGAUCAAUCACUUUCUUUUACCAAGAAAAAACCUUUGGUUUUAUUACAGUUGCUUUGUGUUAUGCAUUAUAUUGUGUUUGCACUGUACUAUUUAUACCACUUUUCUUUGGUAAGAAAGCUCUGUAAUAUUUCACUGGUUUAUCUUCAUGUCCUCACAGGAAAUAUAUCAGAUUUACAACCUGCUA